UUAUAUCUUACACCGAUACCAAGACGAUCCUGACACGAUGAUACGGCUCCUGCACAGUGCCAUUUUUCCAAGUGGUUUGAUUACCGGAGCAGUUGUACGUGAGCUACUACAAGGCUCCUUUAAAAUCCUUAUAGAGAUUCAAACACUUGAAGAUUUAGAGCAUGUAUGGAAAAGAACAAUCGCUUCCAAGUUAUCAUCCCGAAAAUACAACAAUCUCAUCGAAGAGAGCAUCAAAUACAGUUGUUACUUUAAAGGAUAGAACUGGAAAAUCAUCGCCCAUCGUUUAUGAGGCUGAAAAAUUAAACUGGCCUGCAAUUAUCUGGCUGYUCACUGAAGGAAAACCWYUACCAGUURCCACUGGUAAAAUAGAAAUUAGCAUAAAUGACCCCGUGACCGCUUUAGCUGUCGCACUCAUAGACACUAAUGGAGAUAUAAAUGUUACUGACAUGUCAGGAAAAACACCGUUGAUGAAUGCUGCAAUCGAAGGGAAAGAAGAAGUUGUUGAAGCACUUUUAGAUUCUGGAGCCGAUCCAAGUAUGGUUGAUCCGAGAGGAAAAUCAGUAGUGGAGUACUACGCAAAGAAAAGAAAAAGAAUAAAGUUUUUUGGAAGCAUUACAGCCACAUACGGUAAAAAAAAGUUAGACAGACUUUUCAAAAGUUUGAGAAAUUUUGCCGAAAAUGAAGGAGACAUUGUCGUAGAAAGACUUUUUGCUGCUGGUGUAGACGUGAAUCUUGCCGAUAGCAACGGCGAAACAGCACUAAUUUGGGCUGUAAGAGAAAGCAAUAACACAAUCGUCAACAGUCUGAUAAAAGCUGGAGCAGAUGUCAAUACAAAAGACAACGACCAAAGAUCACCACUGAUGAUAGCUGUCGAAAAUACACUGUACACCUCCUCAGAUGAACGUCUUUCUGUUAGUUCAAAAUCAGUUUUUUCCGGUCCUCAUGCGGGCACAAUGAAAAAUGACAACGAUGACAAAAUCUUCAAUGCUCUGAUAAAAGCUGGCGCAAAUGUUAAUCCAAAAGAUAAUAUCCAGCGAACACCAUUGAUGAUUGCUGUCGAAAAUAGCAAAGAAAACAUUGCAAAAAGACUUCUUGAUGCUGGUGCAAACGUAAAUCUUGUUGAUAGCAACGACGAAACUGCACUUACCUUGGCUAUCAAAAAAGGUGACGAAAACAUUGUCAAUGCUCUGAUACGCGCUGGUGCAGCUGUAAAUGCUAAAGAUAAAUACCAACAAAUCCCACUGAUAAGUGCUGUUGAAAAUAACAAAGAAACCAUUGCAGAAACACUUCUGGAUGCUGGUGCAGAUCCUAUUGCUACUGAUAGUAAAGCAGUUUUAGGUACAGCACUUGUGUGGGCUGCCAAAAAGGGAAAUGACAAAAUGGUAGAUACGCUGAUUAAAGCAGGUGUGGAUGUAAAUGAUGCCAACGAUGACAGGAAGACAGCACUGAUUUGGGCUGUUGAGAAAGGUAACGAGACAAUUGUUCAUGCUUUAACCAAAGCAGGUGCAGAUGUAAAUGCUAAAGAUAAAUACCAACAAAUCCCACUGAUAGGUGCUGUCGAAAAUAACAACGAAAACAUUGCAGAAAUACUUCUGGAUGCUGGUGCAGAUCCUUUUGCAAGUGAUUGCAAAGCUUUAGGUGCAGCACUUGUGUGGGCUGCCAAAAAAGGACGAGAUCAAAUGGUAAAUCAGUUGAUAAAAGCCGGUCAGGAUGUUAACAUCAAAGAAAAGUCUCAGAUUUCACCAUUGAUGCAUGCUGUUCAAAACAUCAAAGAAGAAACAGCUCAAAUACUGAUAAAUGCAGGCGCAGAUGUGAAUGUCCUCGAUGACCAAGGACGAACUCCAUUGAUUUGGGCUACAAUUCUUGGAAUCGAGAAAACUGUUGUUUCCUUGAUCAAAGCUGGUGCAGAUGUUAAUGCCCAAAAUAGAUACCAGAGAACGCCGUUGAUAAUUGCUAUCUUAAACAGCGGUGAUACCAUUGCAGAGUUACUGAUAGACUCCGGUGCAGACGUAGAUGUGGCGGAUGACGAGGGACAAACACCCCUGAUAUGGGCCGUAAAAAAGGGAAAUAAGAAAAUUGUCCAGACUUUGGUCAAAGCAGGUGCUAAUGUGAAUCACAAAGACAAUUCUCAGAAAACACCACUGAUGCAUGCUCACCAGACAAAGAAUGAAUUGAUUGCUGAGCAACUGAUUGCUGCUGGUGCAAUGUGAAUUAUAUCGGUAGCAAUGGACAAACUGCACUGA